AUGGAGGACGUAAUAGGCAGUCUCACAAAGAAGGAAUUUGUAAGAGCAUGGGUACAGGAUCCCCAGCUUCACAAAGAGGAUUUCUGGCACACACACAUUGACUAUGAGAUCUGUCUUCAUACCAAUAGCAUGUGCUUCCGGAAAAAGACCUCUUCUGUGAGAAGGCGGUACAGUGAAUUUGUGUGGCUACGUCAGAGAUUACAGGACAAUGCUCUUCUCGUCCAGUUGCCAAAACUUCCUCCUGCUAACCCUUUCUUCAGCUUCAACAACACAAUGCAGGUGACCCAGCGUAUGGAGGGACUGCAGAAGUUUCUGGAAGGAGUCCUGAAGAUGCCUCUUCUGUUGUCAGACUGUCAUCUGCAUCUGUUCCUGCAGUCCCAACUGAGUAUUGCCAAAAUGGAGGCAUGUGUACAGGGCCAGACUAGUUACACAGUAGCUGAAGCUAUCCAACACUAUGUAUAUGACACACACUUCCCUUUGGAGGAUGAGAGCAAAAGCCUCUGUGACUAUGAUUGUGAAAGUACCACCUCUUCAUGCCUGGGCAUUAGUGCUGGCCCAGCUGCUCCCAUUGAAAUGUCCUCCCAAAAUGGGAGUCCUCGCCACCAAUUCCUGGCCAUGGCACUAGACCCUGAGCCCUUCAGAUGUUUGUCUUCAUUUCCUGAGAGUCAGCAAGACACACAUGCAUAA